GGUUUGACGUAAAUUGUCACCAUGAAUCAAAAUGUAAACAUGCUAAAUAUCUGUGAGCGGCCGAAACAUAAUAUUAGAAAUAAAUGAGCAAAAGAAAGGGUUCAGAAGAAAUCCCAAAUGAUUGUAAUAUCGAACCACAAGAGUCUAAUACAGAAACAAAAAUAACAAUCGAAAACUAUGACGUUAAAAUGGAAAUUAGUUGCAUUGAUGAGGAAGCGAGAGUGCUGGACUUUGAGGAGCUUAGAUCAAAAAUAAAGAAAAAAAGCGAGGAAGCUAAAAAGCUAUCAGAACAAGUUAAUUUAAAUAUUAUAAUCAAUAAUGAAGAAGAAACCAAAGUGGUUUGUGAUGAUACUAAAAAAGAAUUAUCAAUAGUAAAUUUAGAUAAUUUCAUUGAUAAUAAUGAAAAAUCAAAAGUAUCCGAUUGUGAAGAUGUUAUAAAAAAAUUAGGAGAAGCAAAUUUAACUAAAAAUAGUGGUUAUGUGUUUAUGGCAUAUGCUGCAGCUAGACCAGACGGUCUUUUGGUGGGAAGAGCACCACAGUCACAGAAUUUAACAUCUUCAGGAGACUCGCCGCGAUCGGACCAUCAAACAUCAACCCGGCGAUCGUCUAACGAAAGUUCCACCCUCCGUAACGCCGUGAUCGUAGUAUAUACUCCAGAAGGAAGGAACAGAUUAAUUAGAUUCAUUUUAAGCUGUGUUUUUGUUAUGUUACUAGUCACAGCCGCGUUCCUUGCAUUGGUUUUUGCUAUACCUGUUGUGAAGGAAUGGUUUAAAAUAAACACAGUGUUUUUGAUUUUCCCAAUUUUGUUCUCUAUAAUGAUGAUUAAUUACGCAAUGAGUUGGUACAUUCCGUGUACACGAAGACCGCCUGGCAACAUUCUAUGUUUAGUUUUAACGGUAAUAAGCAUGAGCUUGCUCUCGGCUGUGCUGACGUCAUAUUUCAGUACAGAUGUAAUAUUGUAUGCAUUCAUUGCCACUACAGCUGUGGUGUUUGUCUGCAUCAUACUAGCUACUACAAAUUUUGAUUUUACAAGUCUUCUUCUGUACUUUAUUGUGAUCCUAACAGCAUUUUUAGUACUAGCCGCAAUAUUAAUGUUUAUUGUGUUGGUCUCAAAUGUGGCGCUGGAACCCACUUUUCUGGUGUUGCUCAUUGGUGGCACUUUGAUACAAGUACUUAUGUUAACAAUGAAUCUACAGAUGAUCAUAGGCGGUAAGACUAUAGAACUGAAUGAGAACGACUAUGCUCUAGGAGCAUAUAUGGUGUACAUGGCUAUUAUUGAUAUUUUCCUCAAAAUGGUCUACAUCAUUGGUCUCUCCAGGGAAAUGUGAACUGCUUUUGAAAAAAUC